UCUAUCUAUGCAUGUGUGUGUUUGUGUGAGUCAGACACACCGGAUCUGCUGUUUAAGAGAACCUCUUUCCUUUCGUGCCCCCAGCACUCUCAGCUGGGACCGUGCUGGUGACACAAGCGUAGCCUCCCCUCACCUGGUGGACACAAACUAUCAUUCUCAACCAUGGCUCGCCUGGAUCAUGUCAUCACAAACAUUGUGGACAUUUUUAUGGAUUAUGCCGAUGAUGGAGGCAAGAAACGUCAGCUGAAUAAGGAGGAGCUCAAAAAGCUCUUUGAGCAGGAGAUCCAGAGCCCUGACUUAAAGGACACAAUUAGUGCAGGUGACAUAGAAGACGCAAUGGAGAUGUUGGACAAAAACCAUGAUGGAGAGGUGAACUUCCGCGAGUUUUGUCGAUGUGUGUGCGUCCUCGCUAAAUGCUAUUUCCAAAAGAAGACGGGAAGGGGAGGGAAGAGAGGCAAGGGCAAAGACCAGGAGGGGGAAGAGGAAGAAGGCUGAAGAAGCUAAACGCUCCAACUGAAUAGUAGAAAAAUACUGUCUAGAUGUAAUGUUUUCUUCAAAAGUGAUAGUGCUCACUCUGCAAGCUGCUGAACAAAAACAUAUCUUGUUAACUGGUUAUUAAGGAAAUGUGCAAUCUGUCUGAAAAUAAAUAAUAGCUAUGAAAUCUAA